UCCCUUGGCAACCACUUCCUUCCUCCGAGCAUCCACGGCCAUCUUUAAUGCCACUCAUGACAAAGUUGUUUCGCUCGUGUCAACGCGCCGGGCGACACAUUUGCGCACAAACGGCGUCCCUCGGCGCCGCGUGCACGUAGCUCCCAGCGACGCGCUCCAAAGCGGAGCCGAGCAGCCCCGCGGCAGGCUGUCCGCCGAGAUUAAGUAAACACCGACAGCGAUGAGAAAGAAGCAGACUGCCAAACAGAGGAAGACUGAGGAGACUCCGGUUGUCCAGGAGUUUGUGGUAGAAAAAAUAAUUCGCCGCAGAAUCUUUAACGGGAGAGUGGAGUACUUCCUCAAGUGGAAAGGUUUCACUGAUGCAGAGAACACGUGGGAACCACAGGACAAUCUGGACUGCCCCGAACUCAUUGAAGAGUUCCUGAGAAACACUCACUUCUCGGAGGGGAAUGAGGAGGAUCGAGCCGAGCAAGAGUUAAUUCCCAAAGAAGAAAUGACCGAGCAGGAGACGGAAAUUCACAAGGCGGACAAACCCACACAGCACUGCACACCUGUGUACACAGCAAAACCAACGCACCCAGGAUCAGGUGGUCUGCCCAGAGCACUGCAGAAGUCCUGCAUGCAGCCUCAGCAGCAGGCUCAAACUGUGCAGAGCAACAGCGAGCCAGACGACAGGCAGUCGGACACCCCCACUGACCUCAGCACUUACCCCGAGCCUGAAUGCAUCAUCGGCUCCACGGACAGGCAGGGCGAGCUCAUGUUCCUCGUCAAAUGGAAGAACUCCAACGACGUGGCCCUGCUGCCGGCCCGCGAGGCCAGCGCCAGGUGUCCCCAGGUGGUCAUCGACUUCUACGAGAAGAAGCUGACGUGGCACUGCGGAGAGGAGGAGCAGCGAGACACUAUUAUGAGCCCAUAAACAGCUGUGCUCUCGCCUGACGCUCGGGUUCGACCUCCGUCAAGUGUCCUCCUUCAGCCGACCUUUAGAGGCGUCCCCCCCUCCCACCCCCCGGUGUGAAAUCACGCCGCAGGUAGAAUUCCACGUCCUGGCAGGUGCGAGGUCCACGGCGGGGGAUCUGACUUUCUUUUAGUGCGCUCCGUCCCGCGGUGCUCAAUGACGUCUGUGUGCCUUCGUGGAGAAUGCGAUUGGGACUGAAACUAACCUGUUGUGUAGUGCAGCUGAUUUGAGAUCAGAUUAACUUGUAGCGGCUUUGGUCUCGCGUAAGCAGACCUCAUCACUGUGGUCGUGUGUUGUUUUUGUUGUUGUUAGAGUUUGAUGUAAUUUAGUAUUUCCGAGUCCGAUCUAUUCCUACAUGUAGCUUUUAGUCAGGGUUGAAGAUUGUUGAACUGUUCUAACUUUUGUUGUGUUAUCUUGUUUUGUGUACUGUGUUCACAGUCACAGCUUUUACCGUCACAUAGAGACUGUCACAUUUGUUUUAUGUGGAAUAUUUAAAAUGCCCACCAGAAAUUUCCUCAAUUUUCUAAUCACCUGCUAAAGAAAUAUUGUCUUCUAGUCUGUAUUUUUAUUUUUUAUGUGAACUGAUUACACAAAGUCCUGGCACAAUUGAAAGAAAUUAAUAUUCUAAAAUAAAACGUUGAUUAACCCACAAGUUGAUGUGCACCUGUCAUGAAUAAUACAUUGUUACAUUUAGCACAUUGUGGUACUUUAAACUGCAUUGUCUUGUAGUAGUUCUACAGGUCCGUGUACAUAGAACCUGUGUUUUGAACUGUCCUGUCCACUGAGUUGUCUCUCAUAACUGUUAAGGGACACUCGGCUGAACCGUAAACCUUCUACUUCGAAAACCCUCCUACUACUGUAGCUGUUGACCAUCAAUCUGUGAAUAAAGGAAAUGUUUUUUGAAACGCA